AUGCAGGACAAUUAUCGCUCUCCAUUGUUGGCUGCGGCGUCCCCCCCAUGCAUGACGGUGGGCGUCGCUGGGAGUUCUGUCAUCGUGGCAUCGCCCGUGUCUCAGCCGUGCGAGGGUGCCGUAAUCGGCGACGACUAUGUGCGUAUGCUUCUUCGCACCAUCCGCGGGCACGAUGCGGAGAAGCUGGCAUUGGUGCAACGCAUUGAGGAUUGCGUCAAGCCUGAACGGGCGGAGACGCAGCGUCUGCGCCGCGAGUUGGCCAAGCAUGACCAGGAAAUUGUCAAACUACAGCAGGACCUCUCAGAGGCCCGUCUGAUGCUCCAAGAGGAGCGGGAGCGGGCGAAUCGGUUACUACAUGAGAACACCGUACUACAUGCACAGGUAGAAGAUGAACGGAUGAGACUUACAUCGCUUAUUUGCCUGCAUCAAGAGGCGAAGGGAGCAUUUACGGCGGGCGCUUCGGAGGACGCUGCGAAGGCGGAUGGGCGUCGCCGGCCUCAUGGUGGGGACGUAAGGCCAUCCUCAACCCCUGUUACUGGCAAGUCGAGGCUAAACUUGCCGUUCCACCGUAAUAGCAAUAAAUCAGCUGACAGGACUAGAGAGAAUGGGACGAUGAGCCUCCGGCAGGCAGUGCUUCACCCGUCCUCAGCUGCGGGAGAAGACGGGUUGAACGUUGCGGCGGCUGCCGCUGUUCAGGCGGCGUUACAGCCCCCACCGUCCUCAACUCUUGUCACCGCACUCAGUGAAGAGGUGCAGAUGCUUCAGGAGCAGCUGGAUGCUCAGCGUGCCACGUAUGAAUUAGAGCGAACAAAGCGCUUGCGCGAAGAACGUGAGCGCACACGUCAGCAUGCGGAGGAUGUGGCACGGUACAUCGCCACAAUCGACCACCUGCAUGCGCUGCACCAGAAGAGCCUGGCCGAUCUCAUUCACAGCCGCCACGAUAUGCGGGUUGAACAACAGGAGUUGCGUGGGACAAUAGAGAAGCUUCGCAUAUCUCUUGAUGAAGCCCUGGCCGUCGCGGAGAAUGAUCGCCGGCGAUACGCUGCGGAUCUGCAGCUAAUGCAGCGACGUGUGGGCGACAACGCUGACACCAUCCUGCGGCGACUUCGGCAUGAGCUUGGGGAAUGCCGGGCAGUUACAACGGCGGAAAAAGAGCAGCUUGCCGCUCUGCUUACCGCACGUGAGGCGGAGAUUGAACAGGUGCGAGGUGAUCUGAAGCGUGCAAAGCAGCGAGAGAAGCGCCUCGAGGAGCGACACCGACUGGACCUCGACGGUGUGAAUAGUGAAGUGAAUCUCAUGCGACAGGCGAUACGGGCUAUGGAGAAGCGGGUGUACUACUCGCAGUGCCGUAGUCUCUCGGCGUAG